UCCAGAGGUGUGUGGUGGGGUUGGGGGCUGGACAUGGCCCCCUGUCCCCAGCCUGACUCCUGCCUGGUUGGCAGCCCCCUUGGCCUGAUAUGUUUGUCCCUUUUGCUUAUCCCUACUGCAGCUGGGACGUACUGCGAGUGCAGCCUUGGCCUCAGCCGUGAGGCCCUCAUCGCCCUGCUCGUGGUGCUGGCGGGCAUCAGUGCCAGCUGCUUCUGUGCCCUUGUCAUCGUGGCAGUCGGUGUCAUGCGAGCCAAGAGUGAGCCAUGCCCCAGACACAGGGACAGCAGGUUGGUGGGGCACUUUGGGGUCCAGGAAGAUCACAUGGACCUGCACUCAGUGCAGGUGGAGUCCCAACUCAUGGACCCUGAGCUGGAGGUCUCCAUGAUGACGCCCCUGGAGGAUCAAGGCCUCAUGAGCAUUCCCACGGACUCGAUGGCCCAAUCCGUGACUAUAGAGGACCCAUCCCUGAGCAGGGCCACAGGCAGUCUGGGGGAGGGGAAUUAAACAGUAUUUAGUGCUUCUGCCCUGUCA